AUGCCGCACCCGAACCCGUGGCCUGCUCAGCAGGAUGUCACCUUCAACAACAAUGGUAAUACGACCGCGAAUCGCUAUGCCUCCAGCAGCUCCACCGGCUCCAACACCGAUGUGUCUUUCGAAGCCCCCAGCACCUACACUGAGGCGUCUGUCCAAGUCAACAGCGCCAGCACCGACGAGACUGUCCGAGCCCACAGCACCAACAACGGGUCGUAUGUCCAAAGCCACAGCAGUAUCGCAGAUGGUCGACUUGGUAUAUCACUGCCCGACGGAUGGAGAAGCUUCCCCUACCACUACUCGUCCGUCGAGGAGCGCACUCCACCGCAACUAUCCUACCGACAGCCCCGGAUGAGACAGACCCUCCGUGGCCCCUUGAAUCACGGCCACUACACGACCCACGACGCCGGCCUCGCGACGACGCAUGAGAACGGCGGCUUCCUGCCGAUGCACAACGUCAACCCCACCGUCCCGUCCCCCCUCGAGCAGCUCCUAGGCGCGCAGAUCCGGAUCCUCCAGAACGGCACGUCGACCAGAUACCGCGGCAACCCGUGGCUGUUGGCCAACCAGUCGGCGCCGAUCCCCGACGAGCUCAACACGGCGCUGUGGCUUACGAACCUGCCGCCGGACUGCACGUACGACAAGCUGCUGCCAGCGGUGCGCAACUGCGGCAAGGUGUACGCAACGGUGAUCAACCCGCCGGAAGCGUCCAAAAACCACAUCACAGCCGCCUGCAAGCUCGUCUUCUUCGACGUGUCAGGUGCGAAGAACCUACUCCGACAAGCUCGCGAGGGCGCCUUCACCGUCGGCUGGUACGUUCCGCAGGUGCGACACAACCGCAUCCGGUCCGCCGCGCGCCAGCCGGGCCCCCAGAGCCGCGUGCUGCACAUCGAGGGCCCCGACUGUAUUGUGAACGAGCGGUUCCUCGUUCCCUUCUUCGACUCCAAGUUCAGCUACGAGCUUGAGGGCGUCUUCACGCUGAGCCACCAGGGCAUGCGCACGCGCCAGGAGUGGCGCUUCGGCAGCUUUCGGUGCCAGGCUGACUCGGCGCGCACGUCGAUCGCGCGGGAGAAGGAGCGCACUGAUAUGCUGCCCGAGGAGUGGGCUGCUUGGCAGUCGGUCACGGUCUACUUUGCUGUCGACCCUUGUGCGCCGUCUGCGCAGUAG